GUCUAUGGAGGAAGAAAAAUAAUUUUACUUGUAGUACUCCUAUUUUUCAUCAAAGAGAACACAUCUAAAGCAUUUCAUAUGUGCUUGAUUGAGGGUAUACACUAUACAUACAUAAUGUAAAUAGAAACAACACACACUUGUAGUUAUAUGAAGGAUUCAUAGGUCAUUCACUAUGUAGUUAUAUGAAGGUUAUUGGAAAUCUGAGCAUGUUCAAACUGAAUUAUGUAAUUUUAGGAAAUUAAAUCAGGUAAUUUUCAAUAUUUAAUUAAUGUAUUUUUUUUAUUUUAAUUCAGUAUCUAUCGAAUUUAUAGUAUAGCUUAUUAUUACUUAUCAUAUGGCAAUAUAAAAUUAAAUUCAUGGCUGACUUUUAGGCAGAAGAUGAUGCAACACUACAAUGCAGGUGUUAUGACUUAAAAAAUUAAAAUAUUAACGUGAAAGUAGAAAAAUAUUUUUUAAAACUGAAAAUAGGGUUAUGUCUUUGCAUCUAGCAUAAUACUAGUAUUAGGCACAAAAAAGGUAGGACAUUAAUUAGUUAGUUAAUGUGAUGGCGAAAUUUUAACCAUCUAGUUAAGAAAAAUAGUAGUCUUUUUUUGGAUAAUUCGUGACUAAUAAUCGCAUAACAUACAAGUUUUUUUUUUCUAAAAACUUAUGGUAGUUAGUAAAUGAUAGCCCUGAGUAGAGCCUUACCUAGCCAUUACCAAUUGCAAAUCUCUUACAGUAUUUUUUUUAUAGGAGUAUACUUUUAUGGGACUUAUAAAAGCCAAGAAUUUUAAUACUCCUAGUAUUUUUCUAAUUUUCAAUUGGGAUUUGGUUUUGGAGAAAUUGUACUACGCCAUAUUCGAAAAAUUUAUGUUAUCAAUUUAAAACAAUACUCCAUAGGCCAUAAGCAUGGAUUAAUCUUUUACUAUAGUAGUACAUUUUUGCAACUAUAAUUUCAAAUUAUCAGAGUUUUUGGCAUUACAAUAUGAGUGUCAAAUCAAUAACACAGUACAUAUUAAAAAUCAGAAUAUUUCAUUAUGUAAAAAAGUAAUAAAAACAUUAAAAUUUACUAUAUAACUGAUUUUUAAAAUUACGCAACAAGCUAGAAUUGGACUUAGAUUCAUAAUUAUUGCAGCAAAUUAUACCUAGCUAUUCAGAACUCAAAAUAACAUCUUAUCAUUGUUAUAUUUUUUUUUUAUAAACUUCAGUUUUAACUAUUGGAGACAAUUGAAAAUAAAGUAAAUAAUGAAUUAGUUCGAAAAAAACCAGAAAAUAAUGAUUUAAAAAAAAGAGGGUGACGUGGCUAGUUAGAUGAACAGGUAUAGGAUGAGCAUGUGAUGACAAAGUGAAUCUACAGCGGUGAAUCGCAGAAAAAACGAAGAAAAAAAAGGAAAAAAGGUAGAGAUGGAUUUACCUUGUCUCUGUCCACACGAUUAUUUUCCAAUCUUGUACUGUGCCGCUGACACCCGAAGAUAUCCAUCAGCUUUAUCGAUCCAUGGUGAAAUUCAUCAUCACCUCUCCCCCUCUCUCCUCAUUUCCCCCCACUGACAUAGAAUUACCUGCACACUUCCUCACGCAUAUUCAAACAAAUUCACACACACACACACACACACACGCUAUCCCCGCUGCCGAUUGCAGGCCUCUGAUUCUCCCCAAUUCCAUCAUCUCCCCGUAUAAAGCCACAAUUCAACACUCCAAAUCGCAGAAUCCGAUCUCAAUUUCCGAUCGCAGACGAGAGAAAUGGAAAACAACGCCGCCUUACCUCCUGGCUUCCGAUUCCACCCAACCGACGAGGAGCUGAUCACGUACUACCUCCUGAAGAAGGUUCUGGACUGCGAUUUCACCAGCCGCGCCAUCGCCGAGGUAGAUCUCAACAAAUCGGAGCCUUGGCAGCUUCCAGGAAGGGCGAAGAUGGGGGAGAAGGAGUGGUACUUUUUUAGCCUGCGCGAUCGGAAGUAUCCGACGGGGCUGAGGACGAACCGCGCGACGGAGGCGGGGUACUGGAAGGCGACGGGGAAGGAUCGGGAGAUAAACAGCUCGAGGAGUGGAGCGAUGGUGGGGAUGAAGAAAACCCUAGUUUUCUAUAGGGGAAGGGCGCCUAAAGGGGAGAAGAGUGAUUGGGUUAUGCAUGAGUAUCGCCUUGAAGGGAAGUUUGCUUACCACUACUUGUCUCCUAAUUCUAAGGGGGAGUGGGUGAUCUCUCGCCUCUUUCAAAAGAUUGGCGUCGGCAGCUCCUCCGCCGCCGCCAAGAAGCGGCCCGCCGCCGCCGUGAGCUCAAACCCUGAAAUCAGCUCAGCGUCGUCCGCCUCCCUACCUGCCCUUCUCGAGCCUUCCACGGCCUCCAGCUACUCCUACGACGACGUCAAGGAGCACGUGUCCUGUUUCUCCAACAACUCUCUUUUCCUUCCGCCGCCGCCAAUGGUUUCGGAGCUUCCUCCGUCGUCGUCUUAUGCUUCGUAUUGGCCGAGGCACGGCCCGGCCUUCCCGAGCCUGAGAUCGCUGCAGGAGAAUCUCCAGCUGCCGUACUUCUUUGCGCCGCCGCCGCCGGCUGGGGAGGGCGGCGCCGAGCAAAUGGGGUGUUAUGGAAAUGUUGGGAGUGAGCUGGAUUGCAUGUGGCGUUAAUCCUGACCUAGGAAUAUGGGUGUCUAUGUUAGUUUGAGUGGUCGUUAAUUUCUAGCAUGUUAUGGAAAUGUGAAACAUGUGUGUGUGUGAGACAUUUAAUGUUUUCAGUUUUAUGUUAGUACUUAUGUUGUGGGGCUUGUUGUAAGAACUUAUUGUUAACUCGUUGUGUUGGUUAUCUAGCAUCAUGCAGUAGUUUAUGUCGAGUAAUUAGCUUUUUCUAUACAUGUUGAAACCUUGUAGUAGUAGCUUUAUUUGGACCUGUGCAUGUUCCUAUGGUGACAA